AUGUUCGCCAAGCCAAGAAUUAGAAAGACAGUGCCGCCUCCUCCGAAGAAGAGGAAGACCAUUUCGGCAGUCGAAGAGGUCAACUUUGAUUUCGAUGCCCGCGAAGAGUACCUCACAGGCUUCCAUAAGCGCAAGCUCCAGCGCAUAAAAUACGCCCAAGAACAGGCGGCAAAGAAGGCGAGAGAAGAGAAACUCCAGCUCAGAAAACAGCUCAGAGAAGAAAGGAAGCGCGAAGUGGAAGAGCAUGUCCAGACUGUGAACAGGCUUCUCCGAGAAGCCCAAGCGGCAGACUCUGGAGACGAUCAAGAGAUCCAGGCUGAAGAUUUCGAAGAGUGGGACGGCAUUGAAGAAGAGAAAGCCGACGAGCCGGUGGACCAUGAGGACGAAUACAUCGACGAGGAUCGGUAUACCACGGUGAAAGUGGAGGCAGUCUCUGUGACAAGAGACGGCUUUGAAAAGAUCCGGGACGACGAGCCUGACAGGGAACAGCAGGACGAGGAGGAUACAUCGCACAAACAACAAGACGACGGCAAGGUGGCACCGCAAAAGAAUCGGCUGCAGAAGAAGAAGAAGCCCAAGUUUCGUUACGAGACCAAGUUGGAGCGACGUACUGAAGAAAGAAAACAAAAGGCAAAAAAGAGGGCUCGUUUCAAAACGCAAGAGUAA